UGGUGCUUCAACCUGCUGUUGUAUCUCUCGCCACGUUGGAAGAGUUGAGUUGGGGUUGUAUUGCCUCUGAAAACAAUUAUCUGACAUUUAAUAUUUUUAUUUAACUAUUCGUCUCCGCUACAAAAAUAAACAUAGAUCCAGACAUCUGUAACCACACAAUUUAAAGAUGAAGGUGAAGGAAUUAUUGAAGACUGUCAAUGUGGCCUGGUCGCCAAAAGACCAAUACCCUAUUUUAUUAGCAGCAGGAACAGCUGCCCAACAAUUGGAUGCCAGUUUUAAUACAUCAGCCAGCUUAGAUUUAUAUUCGCUUAAUUUAGAGCAGCCUGGAUAUGAAAUGGAGUCAAAAAUAAGUGUACAGAGUGAGCACAGGUUUCACAAAAUAAUUUGGGGAGCGCAAGGCUCCAACCCGGCAGGGAUGAUUGUCGGUGGUUGUGACUAUGGUUCAAUUAAAAUUUACUCUGCGUCAAAAAUGUUGUCCCGGGAGUCUGACAGUUUGGUGAGCAACCCGGACCGUCAUACGGGACCAGUCCGCGCCCUGGAUUUCAAUCCAUUUCAGACGAAUCUUCUGGCUUCCGGAGCCAGCGAGAGCGAGAUAUACAUUUGGGAUAUAGUAAAUACCCAGACGCCGAUGACACCUGGGACGAGGAGUCAGCCAGCAGAAGAUGUCCAGUAUAUUCAGUGGAACAAGCAGGUCCAGCACAUCCUUGCCUCGGCGUUUUCUCAACGUUGCGUGAUAUGGGAUCUGCGUAAGAACGAGCCGAUAAUAAAAUUGUCUGACGCGAACUCGAAAAUCAGAUGGAAAGUCUUGCAGUGGCAUCCGGAAGUUGCUACGCAGUUGUGCCUCGCUUCGGAAGACGACCAGGCGCCGAUAAUCCAGCUGUGGGAUUUGAGGUUCGCGACCUCUCCGCUCAAGACCCUGGCCCAUCAUCAGCGAGGAGUUUUGUCGAUAGCUUGGAAUCUUCAUGACUCGGAUCUGCUGCUGAGUUGCGCUAAAGACAACACGAUCGUCUGCUGGAAUCCCAACGCCGAUGCGCCGAACGAUCAAUUUUUGUGCGAACUUACGCAAACUAAUCAGUGGAACUUUGACGUCUCUUGGUGUCCUAGGAGUCCUGGUCUUAUUGUGGGCAGUAGUUUUGACGGCCAUGCUACUGUCUACUCUCUGCUAGGUGGACAGUCUCAGGCAUCAACAGAAACAGCCAAUAAAAUUGUCGAUUCUUUUCCUGGAAUGGAUCCAUUCACUCAGGCGCCACCGGCAGUUCAACGGGAGGCAGCUCCAGCGCUGAAGAAAGCUCCCAAGUGGCUGAAGAGACCCGUGGGCGCUUCCUUUGGGUUCGGAGGCAAGCUCAGUAUCUACGAGAAAGAAGUUGAUGCCAACAAUGCACUGACGCGACCCCGCGUUUUUGUCAGUCAGGUCAUCACCAACCCGGACAUGGUCCAGCGCUCGCAGGAGCUAGAAAUGGCGCUCAAGAGCGAACAGUUCUGGGAUUACUGUCGCGGAAAAGCUGACAGCACCACCGACGAACACUUCAAACGCGUGUGGAAUUACGUCGCCGCUUACUUCAGCGAGGACAUCACCAGAACCUUUUUGGACCUUCUUGGUUACAAUGUACUGAAGGUCAAUGAAAAACUCAAAAAGUUUUUACCUGAGGAGGACAUAAAUACCGUCACCGACGGAGUAGCGAAGCUGGAAACGAAUUCUUUGCAAAAUGGAAUCGGGUUUGACGGCAGCGCAGCCUUCGACGCGAUAGCGCAGCAGGAACAGAAGCGACUGACUCUUUCACCGAAGCCAAAGCAGUCUGCUGUUAAAAUUAAUACCUCUGACGACGAAGACGGAUUAAUAACGCAGGCUAUUCUAGUGGGAAACAUUGAAGCCGCGGUGUCGCUUUGCUUCGCCAGCAAGCGAUACGCUGACGCUAUUAUUCUGUCUAUGGCUGGAGGUCCCGAUUUGCUGGCACGCACCCAGUACCGGUACUUUGAAGAACACACUGGCUCCCUUAAUUCACUGAUUAAUUCUGUGGUCAGCGAGAACUGGGUGGAGAUCGUAAACACGGGAGACAUCACCUGCUGGAAGGAAACACUCGUGGGUAUUUUCACUCACUGCAACGGCGAAGAGUGUUCGGCUCUGUGCGACGCACUGGGAGACCGAUUGGCAAAGGCUGACGACCCGGUUCUAAAAAAACACGCCCAGAUCUGCUACGUAUGCUCGGGUAAUUUAAAUAAAAUGAUUUCGGUCGCCGAGACUGACAUCCAGGAGACUGUCGAGCUGGUGAUGGUGAUGAAGCGCGCGUUGGAACUCCAAGGAGUAAAAAGCGUUGAAAUUGACGGCAACAUUGCUGGAGUUCUGUCUCAGUAUGCUGAGACCCUGGCCAGCGAAGGAGACCUCGAAGCGGCUUUGAAUUACGUCGGCAAUGGCCAGGACCCGCGAAUUGUUAUGCUGAGAGACAGAUUGUACAAAGCUUUGUCUUACUUGCAACCCGCCCAGCCGACACAGACUCAGCGUCCAGCUCCAGGACAUCUAGGACACCAGCAACAACAGCAGCAACAUCAACAACUGAACCAAAUCCCACAGAAACCAGCGCAAAAUUACUACAACCCUGUUUCCAAACCAAACUACCAGCCGACUCAGUCCUGGAAUACGAACCCACUGCAAAAUUCCUACGUCAUGGGCCAGCAAGUCCCAAGCAUGCAGCCUGCAAGCCAACCAUCAGUAAAUUUAACCUACGGACAGCCUCAAAUUCUUCAGCCACAGACUCCACAGCCUCCACAAGUUUCUCAGCCCCCAUCCAGUGGAAGUCAAGCAGGAUCGCGGCCAUCCAGCGUCGGCCCGCAGUCCAGACCCAAGUAUAUGAUCGAUCCUUCAGUCAAAUCAGCUCCUUACGCCGGAUAUCAGCAGCCGUACUCGCCCCAGGUUCCAGCUCCGGCUUUCAAUCAAAAUUCUUACCAGUCCUACGGUAAUUAUUCUUCGAAUCCCUACGGGCAGGAGCAGACCGAGCAGUUCAAGCCCAACAUCAUGACACCGGCUCUCCCUGCGAACCCUCCGUCUAUUUACGACCCCAGAGUUCAGCAACAGGCACCUCAGGGUCCACCACAGAGUCAGUUUAAUAACGAACCCGCUUAUCAGCCGGGCGCCCAAACCGCCGGCUGGAACGAUCCUCCCAUAGCUAAAUCUACUCGCGCUCAGCCAGUUUUGGCUCUGUACUGCAAAAAAGAAAUAUCAGCGGAACAUGCGGGUACCAGAAGAUGGCGAGCAAAUAAGCAAUCAAAGAGUACUCAGGCUCCUGUUGAAGUGCCGCAGCAGAGUCCGAUUGUCCAUCCGUUGUUUGGAGCCGCACCGCAGCCAGAAUUUAAUAAUCCGAUGCAGUCGGAGUACCAUCAAGGCCCGCCAAUGAGUAAUUAUAAUUACAAUCAAGGAUACGGUCAGAAUGUGAUGAACGAAGGCCAGUAUAAACAAUUUGAACCCAUGAAACCUGCGCAGGCGCCUGAAGUCGCCAGGGAAGUCGUGCCUGAGAAACCUAAACCGCCUAUACCUGAAGAGCAUGUCCACCUGAAGACCAUUCUUGAUGAAUUAAAAAUACAGUGCUACGAAACUGCUAAAAACCCGGCCAUGAAGAGAAAGAUUGAAGACGUAUCGAAAAAAUUGGAAGUUCUUUACGAUUGUCUUCGCGAAAAUACUAUUUCCCAAAGUACUUUGCAAGGAUUACAUCAAAUUUCUCAGAUGAUUCAAGCCGGCAAUUACACAAAUGGGUUAGCAAUACAUACGCAAUUAGUAUCAGGACCAGAUUUUAGUCAAAUUGCCUCAUUUAUGCCGGGAAUUAAAGUUUUAUUACAAAGCGCACUUCAAUUAGGAGUUUACAUUACGUAAAUUAUUUAAUAAAUACAUUUAUACAUAUUUUAUAUUUUUUUUGGUAACAAUAAUUAAUAAUAAUAAUAAUAAUAAUAAUUUUUUUGUUGACUUUGAAGAAUUUUCUAUACGGGGUCAGCAGAGUCAUUUAAUAAAAUGAUUUCUUCGGGCUUAUAAAUACCAAUUAUUAUUGAUAUUAAAACAAUUUUUUUUUGUAAUUAAUUAAAACACUAGAUAUAUAAGUAAAUAUAACUGUUAAUAUGAUAUCAUAAAUAAUAUAAUAUAAAUUUGUUUUGCUGUCAAUUAUAAGUAUUUUUUUUUUUACAAAAGUAAAAUUUUAUGAAAAGUUCUUGAUAAGUUCGUUGACUAUAAUUAUUUUAAAAUAAUUAUUCUGUUGAUUUAUUCGAUAAAGAUAUCGUGGAGUCACGUUAAUUUUGUUAAUUAAUUUUUUUUACAAAAAUUGUGGUGUAAUUAAAGAAUAUGUGAAGUUAGUUAGGAUAUA